GCCAUCAACCGACUCCGAGUGUAUAGACCUCCUCCGUUCCCGCUGUGGGAUGCGCUGCCCGCGCGCAAGCGGGCGGCCAUCCUGGUGCUCCUGUUUGCGGAUCGAUGGGGCGACUUGAGGGUCGUCAUUACGAUGCGCGCGGCCAGCCUGAGGAGUUUCUCGGGCCAUGCUGCGUUGCCGGGGGGGAAAGCAGACAGUAGGGACGAGACGCCAUACCAGAUUGCGCGACGAGAAGCCUACGAAGAAAUCGGCCUCCCCAUGGACGACGCACGCAUCCCCAAGCCCUUCCGCAUCGAGCAGCUCUGCUACCUGCCCCCGUCCCUGGCCCGCACGCACCUCGUCGUGACGCCCUGCGUCGCCUUCCUCCACGCCGACCGCACCUCGCCCGACUCGCCCCCGGCCCUGGUCGAGGACUCCAUGAUGCCCCGGCUCGACGCCCGCGAGGUCGCCGCCGUCUUCAGCGCCCCCUUUUACAACUUCCUCAAGGCCACCGACCUGCCGCCGCGGCCGGGCGAGACGCUGCCCCCGGGGCACUGGUACGACGGCGCCUGGACAAGCUACAAGGGCGAGCAGUGGCGCGUCCACAACUUUUACGUGCCCGUCAACAACCAGAGGGUCUCCCGGCCGAGGCGCGGCAGCGCGGCCCAGAUCGAGCUGGCGGACCAGCUCGAGGCGAGUCAGGAUCACGAGGGCCGGUUCAAGGUCUGGGGCCUGACGGGCAGGGUGCUGGUCGACGCGGCGAGGAUCGCGUACGACGAGGAGCCCGAGAUGGAACACAAUCUUGAUUUUGGGGAUCUCAAGGUCAUCAAAGUCGCGCAGGACGAGGGCGCGCUGGACGAGAGUCACGAGAAUAGCCUCCCUGUGAAGAGAGACGAAGACAAGCCCGCCAAGAUGUGA